GAGCCCUCUACAGGGACGUCAUGCAGGAGAACUACAAGACAGUGACGUCGCUGGGAUUCCCCCUUCCCAAACCUGACCUGAUCACCCGGCUGGAACAAGGGAAAGAGCCGUGGGUGCCCGAUCUCCAGGUCUAUGAGAAAAGCGAACUCCCGAGAAGCCCCCACACAGGUAACGAGACAGUGAAUGAGAAUAAGGAUGGGAAUCAACAGCAGGAAGUUCAUGGGCACAGAGACCCACAGGGGACCUUUGUGGGAAGAGCUAAAGGAAAUUUCUCCCAGUGCUUGGAACAGGGAAAAGCCUGGAGGAAUUGGCAGAGGUCAGAGAGUCUGCUGGGAAACCACUCAAGGGAGCAAAUGGAUGAAUCUGUUAUAUAUGGGGAAGCACACAGGAAUCCCACAGCCCGGCAGACAACCCCCAAGGAAGACAAACACUAUGACUACCUCGGUUCUGUUACGCUUCAGGCAAUAAAUACUGGAGAGAAAACACUUCAAUGGUUGGACUGUGGGGAAAACAUCAGUAAGUGUUCAGAUCUUGCUAACCAUGGGAGAAGCCACCCAGGAGAGAGACCCUCUCAGUGCCUUGAGGGCAGGAAUUGUUUGAAUUGGAAGUCAGCACCGAUUACACAUCAGAAAACCCACACUGGAGACAGACCAUAUAAGUGCUUAGACUGUGUAAAAAGAUUCACCUGCAGAUCAGCCCUUGUUAGACAUCAGGCAAUCCACACCGGAGAGAGACCCCAUAAGUGCUUGGAUUGUGGGAAAAGUUUCAUACAGAGGUCAAACCUUGUUACACAUCAGGCAAUCCACACCAGGGAGAGACCCCAUAAGUGCUUAGACUGUGGGAAAAGUUUCACAUGGAGGUCAGCCCUUGUUAAACAUAUGGCAGUCCACACCGGAGAGAGACCCUAUAAGUGCUUAGACUGUGGGAAAAGUUUCACAUGCAGAUCAGCCCUUGUAAGACAUCUGGCAAUCCACACGGGAGAGAGACCCCAUAGGUGCUUGGAUUGUGGGAAAAGUUUCAUACAGAGGUCAGCCCUUGUUAAACAUCUGGCAAUCCACACCAGCGAGAGACCCCAUAAGUGCUUGGACUGUGGGAAAAGUUUCAUAGAGAGGUCAGCCCUUGUUACACAUCAGGCAGUCCACACCAGGGAGAGACCCCAUAAGUGCUUAGACUGUGGGAAAAGUUUCACAUGGAGGUCAGCCCUUGUUACUCAUCAGGCAGUCCACCGGAGAGAGACCCCACAAGUGCUUAGACUGUGGGAAAAGUUUCACAUGCAGAUCAGCCCUUGUAAGACAUCUGGCAAUCCACACCGGAGAGAGGCGCCAUAA